UCUGAUGGCGGGCCAUGGCAUCCUGUUAGAUAAUAGAUAUAGACAAUGCCUCUCCUUCAGAAGUAAGUUUUCUCUUCUCUUCGAUCUUAUAUACCCCAGUGUGCGGUGGAAGGCCUGUUCACCCUCUCUUCUCCCGCGCUAUUCCUCAUAGUCCAGCCCGCAACGAUGCUGCUGCCGUCGUUGUCCUUGUCUAUAUUGCUCCCUCUGCUUCCCCUCGCACAUUCGUCCUUCUACGACAACCCGGAGCUCGAGAUCCCGCCCGAGUCUGGUACGCCGCUUGAUGAAUUGAAGGCGAAAUGGGACUUUGAUUGGGGUUUCUCAGGGAUAUCGACAUUUGCCCAUCUCAGACAUGUAAAAUGUCUGACCACCCCGUACGAGCCGUUUGAUAUCGGCAUCAUUGGCGCUCCUUACGAUACAGCUGUGAGUUAUCGACCCGGAGCCCGCUUCGGUCCUCGUGCCAUCCGUGCCGCCUCUGCUCGUCAGACCUCCUUCCGAGGCUUCAACCACCGCGCACACAUCAACCCCUACACGUCCUGGCCUCUUGUGCUCGAUUGUGGAGAUAUCCCCAUCACGCCCUUCGACAACGCUUUGGCGCUGCAUCAAAUGUCCUCGGCAUACUUGGAGCUCCUGGCGCGGAAACCACUGAGCUACAAGAAUCCGGAAAGCCACGAGCACCCCAAAUUGAUCACCCUGGGCGGGGACCACUCCGUCGCCCUCCCCGCGCUGAGGGCGCUGGAGAAGAUCUACAAGGAGCCCAUCGCGGUGCUACAUUUCGACGCUCACCUGGACACCUGGCACCCGGGGGCCUACCCGAGCGCGUGGGCCGAAACCCCCACGCAGGCCGACUUCACCCACGGGACCAUGUUCUGGAUCGCGUCGCAAGAGGGCCUGAUCAACAACGGGUCGUCGGUGCACGCGGGACUGCGGACGCGGCUUCUGGGCGACGACUUCCACGACUACGCCGACGACGAACGCCAGGGGUUUCUGCGCAUCGAGUCGGACGACAUCGACAGCGUGGGCGUCAAGGGCAUCAUCGACCUGAUCAUGGAGCGCAUGGGCACGUCCAUGCCCGUCUACCUCUCCGUGGAUAUUGACGUGAUCGACCCAGGCCUGGCCCCCGGGACCGGCACCCCGGAGCCCGGCGGCUGGACCACGCGCGAACUCAUCCAGAUCCUGCGCGGCGUCGAGGGCCUGAACCUCGUGGGCGCCGACGUCGUCGAGGUGAGCCCCGCGUACGAGGCCGGCCACGGCGAGGCCACCGCGCUGGCCGGCGCGCAGGUCGUGUACGAGAUCCUGACGAGCAUGGUGAAGCGCGGGUUGAAGGACCGCGGCGAGGACGUCGUCAUCGAGAAGCCCGGCCGGAAGAUCGGGGCCACCAAGAAAGGCAUCGUGGCCAAGGUCCAGGAGGUUUUGAGGGAUGAGUUGUGAACAAAACAGAGAGAGGUCUGGAACGCGGAAGCAGAACCCCAACACCGUCAUGGCGUGGGCUUGCAUGACAUGAGGAAACGGCUAGAUGGACAGCUCCCCAUUUAGGUAGCUAAUAUUUAUUAUAUUGGCACUCUACUUUUGACGAGCCAGACGAAUUUCUC